GGGAAAUAAAUAACUGACCAAGCUACAUAACUUGUUUGGAGGGAAAGAGCACAAAUCAGGAAACAGAAGAAUAUUGAACUGGACUCUGAUUAAUUUUCAAUAAUGAAAAUAAUAGAAAAUGAUCUGCAGGUGCCAGGACCUUCUGGGGAGUGGAAGGAUAAUCUGCAGCCAGCCUUGAUGUUCUCCUUUGUAUUUCUGAUCUGCCUGGAAGCCUGCUUACAUUUAAGAAGCCUUGGGCAAAAAAAGAGCCCCCCGGGUCCUUUCCAGUGGCCACUUUUAGGAAAUGUGAUGCAGCUGGGACAAAUGCCUCAUCUCACCUUUUGCAAGAUGGCACAAAAAUAUGGCAAUGUUUUCCAGAUCAGGUUGGGAAACCACAAUAUUGUUGUGUUGAAUGGAGAUACCACAAUAAGACAAGCCUUAGUGAAGCACAGUGCAGAAUUUGCUGGGAGACCCAAUUUCACCUCUUUCCAGCUAGUGUCUGGGGGUAAAAGCAUGGCAUUUGGUGGCUACAGUGACCUCUGGAAAGCUCAUAAAAGAAUAGCGCACUCAACUCUCAGAGCUUUCUCUACUCUCAACACCAAAACCACCACGCUUUUUGAACAGCAUGUAGUAGCUGAGGUGCAAAACCUGAUGCAGGUGUUCUUGCAACUGAGCAGUGACGGUCGCUUCUUUGACCCAUACCACGAAUGCACAGUAGCCAUUGCUAAUGUAAUCUGCGCCUUGUGUUUUGGUAAACGUUAUAGUCAUGAUGACCAGGAGUUCAGAGCAUUGGUAGGGAGAAAUGAUAAGUUUGGACAGACAGUGGGUGCUGGGAGUUUGGUUGACAUCAUGCCCUGGCUCCAGAUAUUCCCAAACCCAAUACGAAGCCUCUACAAUAGCUUUAAAGAACUUAAUGUGGAAUUCUUUGAUUUUGUAAAAGUUAAAAUAACCCAGCACCGGCAGACCUACAAUCCUGAAGUCACCAGAGAUAUGAGUGAUGCCUUCAUAAGUAACAUAGAGCACGGUGCAGGGGCAGGAGAUGGGCUGAGUAAGGACUAUGUAGAAGGGACAGUAACAGAUCUCCUGGGGGCUGGACAAGACACUGUGUCCACUGCACUGUCGUGGAUAAUCCUGAUGCUCAUCAAGUACCCUCACAUCCAGUGCAAGCUGCAGGAGGAGAUUGAUCUAGUGGUGGGGGAGGGCAGACUGCCCUCAGCUGAGGACAAAGUCCGGCUACCUUAUGUUGUAGCCUUCAUAUAUGAAACUAUGCGCUUCACUAGCUUUGUACCAGUCACCAUUCCACACUCCACUACCAGUGAUGUAAUCAUUGAUGGAUUCUACAUUCCAAAAGACACAGUAGUUUUCGUUAAUCAGUGGUCAGUUAAUCACGACGAGGACAAAUGGACAAACCCUGAGGUCUUUGAACCUGAGAGAUUCUUAGAUGAAAAAGGACAACUAAACAGAGACCUCGUUUAUGGGGUAAUGAUCUUCUCCCUUGGCAAGAGGAGGUGUAUUGGAGAUCAAUUGUCCAUGUUGGAGAUCUUUCUCUUUACCAGUAUUUUUCUACACCAGUGCUCAUUUCAUGCCAACCCAAAAGACAAACUCACCAUGGACUGCAUUAAUGGGUUAGCUUUAAAGCCACUUCCCUAUGGGGUCUCAGUGACACUGAGAAGGGGUCAAAUCACUUUAGGAACCCCACCUUAACUCAGAUCAGAUCUAUGUGCUUCAGGUAUACAGACUCACCAAACUAAACCAACCCAGCAACAAGCUUGCACAUAUGUGUUUAAAUGAGCUAGUGUUAAACUACAGCCACACUGUAUUAAAUUUAACGAGUUAGGGACCUGAUAUGGAUUUCUAAAUACUAUUAAAAAAAUUAGAAUCAAAUAAACACUUUAAGUAUAGACAUAAGAAAUCUAAUAAACAAAAACACUCUGUCUUCUGGAAUUCAUCUACUAGUUUCCAGAUCAGAUGCAUAAACACACUCUCAUAUCACCUACCAUGUGCACAAGUAUAAACGUUCAUUAUAGCAAAAUCUCUCCACUUACUGUGAAUCCAGUGUACUUGCUGGCACUUAGAGCUGCUCUGACACUCUGAAACCUCAGAAUAGAAAACACAAGGAGGAGCCCUGGUGAGACAGGCUUUCCUCAUUAGCUGCUUACUGGGGAAGUUGCUUGUAGCUGAAUUCUCCCUGGGGUGAGUAAGCCACCCUGUGGUCUGUCCCAGGCAAGGAACACAAGGAAGGAUCAGUCCUGUGUGAUUCAGAAGGAAUAAGCUGCCCUCAUCUCAGGACAGGAGUUACAGCCUUUUCAUUUCACAAGUAAACUCCUUACAAGUCCUCAGUGUGAUCUCUGAAGCAUCUAUUAAUAUGUAGUUCUGAAAAACUUCUGUGUUGACAUUGUGUUAACCCAUUUGUUGUCAGAGAAACGCAGCACGUUCUGGUAGCUAAUAGGUUAAUGUAAAAAAGACAAGCUCCGCAGAUCUGAUAACGAAAGGGUUAAUAGAAAUACUUGGUUGCAAAUUCUAGAGAGCCAUAAAGCCACGUGACAGGUAACCUGUUUAAGAUUUUAAUAGAAAGGGUUACAUGUGGCAUAUAAAGGGUUAUUUAACUAAACCACAUCCAGUGAAGUUAAAUAAAACGUAUUCUUUUUGUUUUCAUAGGAAUAUUCUCUCAUUAGUAUUCUUGUCUGUGACUAGCACAGUUUACAUUUGGUUUUUCAGGGUGAUAAUUAACAAAUGUAUCAAAUCUAACAUAGUUGUGAAUGUGACAGAUUAACUGUGCCCAGGAUACAAUCUUUAUACAAAAAAACAAAUACAUUUUGCUUUGUAACAUAUCUCCUACUAUACAAUAUAGGGCAAAACAACAAAAUAACCCAAGGGAAUUCCUUAGCAAUUAGUUAAAUAAACCACAGUUGCUAAUUAUGUCUCGUUAACUUUACAGUCAUUUUGAAAUUCAAACAAAUGUAAGUGAUAAAGCUUAAAACUAAUUAAUUUGUUUUAUAGGAAAUUAUUCUUUUACAUAAAACUACGUUAAAACGAACUUGCCAAUGGGUCAAUAUAUUAAAGCCAAAAUGUUCAGUUAAUCUAUAUUUUAUAUAUUUGUUAUUA